UUUUUUUUUUCCCCAUUUAUGUUAAUAAGCUUCAUUGGGGUCUGCUUGUUGUUGUCGGUGUUUAAAGUUUUUCUUUUAAUCCAUUCAAUCUGCCGUCUCUGUCUUUAUUUAAAUAUGUUUGUCAUAACAUUCUCUCGUUUAUAACAUGGUUGAGUUUCAACUGGGCUUUGUUCUUUCAUAUAUAAUUCUAUAUACCAAUUUGUUCACUUCCUCCCAUUGCCUAUGUAUAUAAAUGAUGAACAAAUGAUUAGUUUUUUUUUAUUUAUUUAUUUAUUUAUUUUUUUUAUGGGCAAUAUUUGUAGGCUAUGUAUGGUCAUAAUAUGUUAUGGUUAUGUUGGUGGUGCCUUUGAGUAUUGAACAUGCUGGUAAAGUAAGAUUUAUUAUUCUUAAGUGAGCUUAAAAAAUGUGGAUUCAGUCGAAAUGAAGGAAAUUUUAAAAAAUUAUAUUGGUUAAAUUAAACUGUAGUUGAGAUUUUUAAGCAGUUUGUUGAUGCAUUAGCAGGAUGGGAAGGCUUAAACUAAAAAUUCAGAGAUUAGAGAGCAUUAGCAACCGUCAAGUGACUUAUUCUAAACGCAGAAAUGGGAUUUUGAAGAAGGCUAAGGAACUAUCUAUCUUAUGUGAUAUAGAUAUAGCCCUUCUCAUGUUCUCCCCAUCUGGAAAGCCUACAUUAUACCAAGGGGAGCGCAGUAAUUUUGAAGAGGUUAUCACAAAGUUUUCUCAAUUAACUUGUCAAGAACGAGCGAAAAGGAAACUGGAGAGUCUUGAAGCACUGAAGAAAACUUUCAAGAAAUUGGACCAUGAUGUGAAUAUACAGGAUUUCAUGGGUUCAAGCUCUCAGACAAUUGAGGAUUCAAUGAGUCAAGUUAGGGUAUUGCAAGCCCAGUUGACAGGACUACAGAGGAGACUGAGCUUUUGGAGUAAUCCAGAUCAGAUCAAUGAUGUAGAGAAUAUCAUCCAAAUAGAAGACAUACUUAGGGAGUCCAUCAACAAAAUCCAAAUUUACAAAGAAAGUUUCAGAAAACACCAAUUAUUGCCGCUAAAUUGCACAGGCCAGUUGCAGAAUGAGAUGUAUUCACCGUUAAUGGUAGGUAAUGCACAAGAAGCACAAUCUUUGUCAUGGAUUCCAAAUAAUGAAAACCAACCCUUGAUGGUACCGGGUGAGCCUAACUUUCUGCCACAUGGCGGGAUUCAAUGCACCACCGAUUUUUCACUUCCAGGAUGCUCUAGUUACAACAGCAAUGGGAGUGGCAAACAAAUGGAGGUUGGUAAUCCAGGACAACUCAAUAAUAUGGAACAAGGUGGUUGUUCAUUGAAUGACCUAAGUGGAACUGCUGGCUUAAAUCUUGAUUUUGGUGAGCAUUAUGCAUAUCCUUCUUUCGAAGCUAGUUUACUGGACAAUAAGAAAUUGAAAAUCAAUAUGGAGAUGAACCUACAAACGACUUCUGUGGAUUAUCAAGUAAAUAACAAUUGUGUACUGCCUACAUCUAUAUAUGACAAUGCUCAGCAUGACUGGAUAUCUGCUUUUGCGCCUUGCGGACUUGCUCUGUGUAACGAAAAUUCCUGCCAGCAGAGGAAUUAAAAUGAUCCGUUGUGAUUGUACUGAAAGAAACCAUGGAUGUGAAUUGAGUUUGAAGUUUUUUGGUGAGGCCUAAUUCACGCUGUGGAGUUACUCACAGAAUACCCAAAAUAUGUUAGUCGUCAUGGGUUUUAUACUAUUUCGGCAGCUCUCUGCUACCAUAUACCUUAACUGUAUAUAACAAUAUAUAGCAUAAAAAAUAUAGUAUCAUAGAUUUUGCUGUAUAAUAUUAACAUUCGUGUUUCCUCAAAGCAAGUAUGAAGAGCUUAUGCUGAAUUCAGGGCAAGAGUUGCUGUCUAUACAUAUUUUAGUGUCAUGAUUGAGGUUCAUUCAGCUCUUGUGGUAGAGUAGAUAUAUAUAAGCAAACACAAGAAUUUGAUUAGGGUUUAGGAAGUGUUACAGAAUAAUUUGUUGGUUUGUAAAACAUAUAUUUUAAUUGUAGAUAGUGAUGUAAUUGAAGUGAUAAUAAUAAUAAUUACGAUGCCAUUUAAGUGCCCCCUGUACAAUGGUAAAAAUCCUUGUCUACAUUAAGGUUCAAGUCUCACCACAAAAACAUUCAUUCACUCUUAUAAAACAAAUGAAACAGGUUUUGAUCAAAUCUAUCUUAGAUAUGAUCUUAGUUGCCACUUAGUGUUUGGACAAUGGUGUUGUGCCAUGGGUCAGACAGGUGCUGCAAGAGGUUGUCGAAUGGCCCUUUUCCUGUCACGUUGUGCUGAACAAUGAAUCCCAAGAAUGCCAACAUAGCCAAUC